CCCAUGUCAUGCUCUGUAAUGAAUUAUCUUGACCAUGCCAGGCUUUAUGAUAGACAUUCUCAUCUGACCUAAAGCUUGAACUCAACUCAGCAUUAGAACUUUGGAGAGGAUCCAAAUUCCAAAUACUUCAAAGUUCAAACCCCAAGGAAGUAAUUUUUUAGCAAAAGACCUUCAUAUUGUGAUAUAUCAUGCAUGCCCUAUACACAAAAACUGUCAUUGCAACCAUCAUACUUCAGUGGCUAUCUAGCUGGGCCUGCACUCCAAAUGAAAGGAGCACUCUGCUAAGCUUCAAAGCUGGGCUAACGGACAGCCAAGGUCGCUUAGCUUCAUGGCAAGGAAAUGGUAACUGUUGCAAUUGGAAAGGAAUUGGUUGUGUCCAAAGAUCCAACACCACCCAUGUCACUGCUCUAAACCUUAGAAAUCCUAAACCAGUACAACGUGCUCGCAAGACAAAUGGCAUGAUGUUUGCCUAUUCCUCUGACUCAUGGAGCCUCAAUGGAACCAUCUCUCCUUUGCUGUUCUCUAGCCUCAAGCAAUUGGAGUACCUUGAUCUUAGCUGGAAUAACUUCCAACAAUCCCAGAUACCUGAGCAAUUGGGUGAUCUUCACCGCCUUAGAUAUCUAAAUUUAUCGAAUGCCGGGUUCUCAGGUGCAAUUCCAGAGAGAUUGAGCAAUCUCUCAGCCUUGCAUGCCCUUGAUCUUUCUUGCACCACUUUCAUUGUUGAUGUAUCAUCAGUUUCGAUGAACAUGUCAAACCACAGACCAGUUCAUAAUUUCCUUUUUUCAAAUGCUUCGUCUGGCUUUCUUUACUGUCAUAGCUUGUCAUGGUUAGAAAGACUGAAUGCUCUCACAGUUCUUGUAAUGGAAGGGGUUGAUCUCUCCACUGCAGUGUCCAUAAGAUAUAGUGAUUGGGCUGAACCCAUUUCAUUUCUCAAAAAUCUUCGAGUCCUCGAUCUUGUUGGCUGUGGAAUUUUUGGUUCAAUCCCUGUGAGUUACCUUCUCAACCUCACAUCUCUCUCUUCUCUACAGCUCUCUUUCAAUUUUUUUUCUUCUGAUAUCCCUCCUCAGCUUGCAAAUCUCACUUCCCUUUCAAUUUUAAAUGUUGUCAGUUCUGGUCUCAAAGGUUCCAUUCCCAACCUUCCUCAGUUACAAGAACUUUACAUUCAUGGAAAUAGCAAUCUCUCCGUAGAUAUUUCUCAGUUUUUUGACAUUCCAUGGCCAUCAUUACAAAUCCUUGGUGCCAGCCUUUGUAGCAUAAAUGGGAUGAUCUUGAGCAAUAUUGCAAACAGCUCCUCUCUAGUGGAACUAAAUUUGCAAAGUAAUAACAUUGUGGGACCCAUUCCUCCAUUCCUUGGGAAUAUCUCAACCUUGAAUCACAUAGACUUCGCAAUGAACAGCUUAUCUGGAUCCAUACCUUCUUCUCUCUCCAGCCUGGGAAACCUGCAAGUGCUAAACUUCAAUCAAAACAACCUCGAAGGUCAAAUCCCAGACUCUUUAUGUGAGCUCCCCAUAUCACUCAGAUUUUUCAUACAACAAACUGAAUGGUAGCAUUCCCAACUGCAUGAGCAACU